AUGGCCUUGAACAAUCGCCCACAAGGAACAUUGCAUGCAGAUACAAAUAUUAACCCAAAGGAACAGAACCCAAAUCAACUAAUGGCAGUGAGUCUUAGGAAUGGAAGAGAUUUAGACAGAGAGCAAGAAGUUGCUCAUAGGAGAGAGACUACGCCAACUACUCCAGUUACAUUAGAGGUAGAUGAGUCAGCAGAGCUCACCGAGGUUGUAAUUGAACAAGCACAGGUUGACAAGGAUAAGGAGAAAGACGGUGAACAAGUCUCAGAACAGGUGGCACCUCUUGUGCCAGAAGCUUCCAACAAAGAAAAUACAUCAAAUAGUGGACAGAUGUUGACUCCUACACCAUUCCCUCAGAGAUUGGACCUGUCCACUGUAACUCUGACACAGACCUGUAGCGCGGUAGUGACAAGACCUAUGGCCCAAAAGGUGUCUGAUCUAGGUAGCUUCACUAUCCCAUGUACUAUUGGGAGUUAUGCUUUUGCUAAAGUAUUGUGUGACUUGGGAGCCAACAUAAACUUGAUGCUCUUGGCAAUCUAUACAAAACUGGGCAUUGGCAGAGCUAGACCGACCUCAAUAUUGUUGCAACUGGUGAAUGAAGAUAUACCCAUCAUUCUGGGAAGGCCAUUCUUAGCCACUGGGAGAGCACUAAUUGAUUGCGAGACUGGAGAGUUGAAAAUGAGGUUGAACAAUGAAGAAAUAAUAUUCAACGUUCAACAAUCCAUGAGGAGACCCAGUGAAUUUGCAAACUGCUCACUAGUGGAGGCCGUGGAUGUGAUACUGCAAGAAGAGGAUGAGACCCUUAAUGUCAAGGAUCCACUAGAAGCCUGCUUGAUGAAUUUGGUAGAGAUGUAUGGUGAAGGGUUGGCAGAGUGGGUCAUGGCUCUCAAAGGUCAAGGAUUCUGGAAAAGAGAACCUCAGUUCGAGCCCCUACGCUUAAAAGAGAGAGCAACACCACCUGCAAAACCAUCAAUAGAGGAGCCACCACAGCUGGACUUGAAACCGCUUCCAGCCCACCUCAGGGAACAUCAACGACGGCUGAACCCGAAUAUGAAGGAAGUAGUAAAGAAAGAAGUUAUCAAGUGGCUGGAUGCGGGUAUCAUCUUUCCCAUCUCUAACAGCAACUGGGUCAGUCCUGUCCAAUGUGUGCUGAAAAAGGGAGGAAUGACAGUCGUACAAAAUGAGAAUAACGAGUUGAUCUCGACUCGUACAGUCACGGGGUGGGGGAUUUGCAUGGACUAUCGGAAACUGAAUACAGCCACUCGAAAGGACCAUUUCCCGUUGCCUUUUAUUGACCAAAUGUUGGACAGAAAGGGGACGGACAAUCAAGUGGCAGACCACCUCUCAAGAUUGGAAGGAGAUGAAAAGAGAAUGGAGGUUGAAGACAUAACAGAGACAUUCCCGGAUGAACAAUUACUUGAUGUGACAAUGGAGGAGACGCCAUGUUGCGAUGAAUGCCAAAGGACAGGCAACAAAUCUCUCCGUCACGAGAUGCCAAUGACCACAAUUCAAGAGGUAGAGGUUUUUGACAUAUGGGGGAUCGACUUUAUGGGGCCGUUCGUCAGCUCGUAUGGUUACAAAUAUAUAUUGGUAGCGGUUGACUAUGUCUCCAAGUGGGUCGAAGCGGUAGCUCUCCCAGCCAAUGAUGCAAAAGGGGUAACAAGUUUCCAAAAGAAAAACAUCUUCACACGUUUUGGCACCCCGAGAGCCAUAAUCAGUGAUGGUGGAACCCAUUUUUGCAAUAGAGCAUUCGCACAUCUGUUGGAAAAGUAUGGAGUUCGCCACAAAGUAGCCACAUCGUACCACCCACAGACGAGCGGGCAAGUUGAAGUGUCCAAUAAAGAAAUUAAAAGUGUCCUGACAAAGACAGUGCAACAAGGACUGAUUGGGCGCAGAAGCUGGAUGAUACAUUAUGGGCGUACCGCACAACAUUCAAAACUCCAAAUGAGAUCGCAGGCACCAGCAGAGUCACUGAGUUACAUGAGCUCGAGGAAUUCAGGACCCUUCAGAGUGGUGCAAGUGUUCCCAAGUGGUGCUGUAGAGAUUGAAUCCGAAUAUCGGACAAACAAGUUCACGGUAAAUGGGCAAAGGUUGAAAUAUUACCUUGGAAUGGUCGAAGAGAAAGGGGAUAGAGUGGUGAUAACUUAUGAAGAGCCCCAGUACGUGAGCGAGGAGUGA